AUGCCAGGGGAACAUACAGGCCCGUCUGUUUCACCUCAGACAUCGCCAAAAACGCCUGGAGGGUCAAGUCCCUAUCAAACAAGUCUUCGUGGAGGAGGUGAUCGUCAAGCAGAGAAUAGGGCACUCGAAAGCACCGGUACUUCGCAACCUAAUGGCGAGAAUAAGCAGCAGUUUCUGCCCCUUAGAGCCUUCGGCGUCCACAACAUUCUGAAUCCUGCUGAGACUCAACCAUCUCUUGCAAGAGAACGAGGUGAAGAGGCUGGCCAAAGUCCGAAGAUUUCGAGUGCGGCAUCGAGUUCGAGUCCCCGUAUACCACCACAUUUCGCAUAUCAAGAAUCAGGAAUGGCGAGACGCGGACAGACCACGCCCACUCUCGAGGAUCAGCCACUAACCGCCCCGUCGUCCGCAGAGCGCGGCUCUCCAAGGACAGCUCGCCCAUAUCCACCCUUAGCAGCAGCAAGACGGGUUUUAACCCCUCGGUCCCCUCGACUGAUGAGCCCUGGACACAGCCAUCCCUUGCGAGCGCUAGGUCCGCCCCAGACUCAUCCGCAGCAUCUCCCAGGUGGUCCACAAGAUUCGAACAGAGCAAUACUCCCAGACACAGGUGCAUCUGGGCAAUCAGAUCAGGCUCUUUCCACACGGGGCUCUCCUUUAGCACAACAAUUCAAUCGGGUGAUGAGUCCCACGGGUCGGCCUCCUUCUAGUACAACUCUACCUGCAUCGACGCGGUCCAUCUCACAACCAGCUGCCAGUCACUCGACCCCUGGGUUACAGACUCGUCCCUUCUUCCCUAGUGGCUCGGGUAUUCAGCCAGGGCAGCCUGCUGGAUACCCGCCGCACAACCCAUACAGCGCGCUCGCGGUCUCCCAAACUCCAGCCGGAUACCCGGCCCCCAGCGGGGAAUCCAGGUGGUCUGGGACGACCGAGCAUACCACGCAAUACAACUCAACGGGCGUUAGGAGCUUUGCCUUUGGAGAAGGUCAGGCGGCAGUUCGUAUCCAGCCACUCCAAGGCGAACCGUUCAUUAUACCUGUUGAUACACAGCAGGGGUCAAGACAGGCUGAUGAAAAGCGCCAACGGAAUGCAGGCGCAUCCCAGAGGUUUCGCAAAAGAAAGAAAGAUAGAGAAACCCAGGAACGCCUAGAGCACCAAAGGAUGGAAUCCCAGUAUCGCGAGCUCGAGGCGCGAAUUCAGACAUUGGAAAAUGAACGAGAGAGACUUCGGUCGGACCGCGAUCGGUUGCGCGACAUCGUAUACCGAACCCCUUCUGUCAGUGAGCUCGCCUAUCAAGGACCGCCUAGCCCAAAUCCAAGCAAUGGAUCUGGCCCAUCACCUCUAGGAACUAUGACUGCGUAUGGUGCUGCCGACCCUGAUACUGGUGAGAGAUCAUCGCAGCGGCGUAGGACGGAUCCCCAUCCCCACAUCGAGUUUGUUACUGGCCCCUAUGGUUCUGCUCCCGGGUCUCUUCCACCGAUUGCAGCUUCGGGGUAUCCGGCUUCGAUGUCACACCCUGGAACGCCUCUAGCAAGAUCACAAGCACCGCAGCUGCCGCCGUUGCGACUAGGUUCGGCAGCUGGAACGCCUACAACAGCUGUGUCAGCCUCAAGCACACCCAUUCAGACCUAUCAGCAACUGAAGAGGGAACCGUACGAGAUGGGAUGGGCAACAGGGUCGCGAGCAUCGGCAGAUACAUCACAGAGGUGA